AUGAACUCAGCAUCAAGUAGUUAGCUACUAUAAAAACUCUAAAAUCUAUACUCAGGCAACAAAAAAAGAAGUGAACACUCAGUCUCUCCUCUAUAACCUAGACCAUUUGCCUGUAGAGAAAUCAAUUAAUUAUUUGAGAAAUCAUCUCCUGUUCCUUAUUUGUAAGUUAAAUAAUAAUAUGAUGUUGAACAAUGGACAGAGAGAUUAAUGAAGCCAACUGAAAAAGCAUCAUGCUCUUCUUUUACUUAGAAUGAGAAUCUGUUUGACAUCCAUCUCUAAAAAUAUUCUUAAAUUUCAACCAUUUCAUAAUCAACCUCUCCUGUACUAUAAUAAAUUGAGAAAAAGGUUAAACUAUUAAAAUAUGCUAAAGAAAAUGAUCAUAAUACAUGUGCUGCUAUUAUUGCUAAAAUGAAGCUUUUCUGUUUAGAUAAUGCAUCUACAUGUUAUGACUUCUAUAGAAGCACAGAUCUUAUUUUAUUAAAGUAUAUGAUCUUUCUCUUAAUACAAGAACUUAAUUAAAGACCCAUUAUUGAAAAAUAAGAAAUUUGCAAUGAUUAGACAUCUUAAUUCUAAUCUAUGGUUAAAGACAUUGUUAGUAUUGUCUAUGAAAUCAUAGAUGAAGUUAAAUCUAAAUAGUUUGCCACUUCUUAAAUAGAUAUACUUAAUAAACAAUUAGCAUAAAUACAAAAUAAAUUCAAAUCUCAUCCUAAUACCACUUAAAAGACUAUUAAUAAAUCUCAUCAUUAACGAUUUAAUAGUUGUAACUUUGAAAACUGUAAAACACCUAUCUCUUAAAAUAAGAACAAUAAAGAAUAUAAUGUUAGUAAUGAUAAAUUUAAAUCAGCUUAAAUUAAAUAACUAAAUAAUGUAUCAGGCUCUUAAAAAAUUAUUAAGUUUUAAAUUGAUGAAUUAGAAUAAAAAAAGUAAGUUAUUCUAAAAUUAAAUGAAUAAAUUACCAAAUUAUAACAUACAAAUAAACAAUAGUAAGUCUAAAUUUAAGAUUUAAAUGCUUAAAUUACAUCCAUCAAAUAAGAAUUAUAAUCCAAAUAAGAAGAAGUAAUAUUUAUUAUAUAUUUUAUGAUUAGAUUGAAAAAUUAUAAUAAUCUUUAGAAAUUCUAAAAUCUAGUGAUCUUCUUCUAAAAGAAUAAAAAGAAUAAUUAAAUUCUCUAUUUUAUGAAUGUGAAAAUUAAAAUAUUCAAUUAAAAUCAAAUUAAUAACAAUUAGAAGUAUAAAUUUAAUUUAAAUUAACAAGCAUGCUCUAGAAAUGUGUUAAUAAUAAUUCAAUCAUUAUAAAGAAGAAACAUUUGCUUAUUAUGAAACUUAAUGCAAUCAAAUAUAAUAAGUCAAAGAUAAAGAAAUUACACAACUCAGAAAAGAACUAAUUGAAAAUUAAGAAAUUAUUGUAUAUUCAUUUAUAUAUAUUUUAGAAUUAUCUAUUAAGUGAUGCUCUAUACUUUGGUAAAUAAUAUAAAAGUCUUGUUGAUAAAAUUGAUAAUCUGAAACCUGAAUCUGUUGCUAACGAUUUAAUAUAAUUAUAAAAAGAAUUAUUUCACUCUGAGAAUACUCUUAAUGCUAAACUUAAUGCUAUAGCCAAUUUUUCAGACAAUUUAUUACUUAAUGCUGGCUAAGAAUACUUAUCUUAAAGUCAAUCUUAAAAUUAAAUAUUGAAAUCAAAUAUGUAUCUAAAUAAUAUCAAUAAAAAAAGCAGCCCUUAAGAAUAUUUAGUUGCUUAAUAGAAUUAAUUUGAAAUUAUGGAAAUGUUACUUAUUUAGAGUUAAGUAUUAGAGAAAUUUUUAAUUUGA